GAAAAACCUAUUAUGCUUCUCGUCUUUCUUACGGCCAGGAUAUCCAAUACCAAAGCUUGACGUGAGCUUUCCAUUGGAGCCUCGGGAAGAAGCGUGGGUGAAGGAACUACAAGAUUCCAAAGAAAUGAAGCAAUUACUUGAUUCCAAGAUAGGUUUUGAGAUUGGGAUAGAAAAUGAAGAUGAUACUUCAAAACAGAAAAAACUGGAGAACAUGUACCCAUUUAUUGUUACUCUAGAGGGGAAUGCUCUCCACGGGCCCAUCUUGCAGAAGGACUAUGUACAGUUGGAGAAUCAAUGGGAGAGCCCCCCAGAGGAUUUACAGACAGAUUUAACAAAACUAGUAGAUCAUCAAGACCCCCCGGCAGGAGAGAAACCUGAAAAUUCCACCGUGGAAGAACCUCUCAACCCCAGGCCCCAGAAGAAAAAGAGUCCAGGGGACAAACCUCACCGAUGUCCUCAGUGUGGGAAGUGUUUUGCUCGGAAGUCACAACUUACAGGGCACCAGAGAAUUCACUCAGGUGAGGAACCCCAUAAAUGCCCUGAGUGUGGAAAAAGAUUCCUCCGUAGUUCAGACCUUUAUAGACACCAACGGCUUCACACAGGGGAGAGACCCUAUGAGUGCACCGUGUGUAACAAGCGAUUCACUCGGCGGUCACACCUGAUAGGCCACCAGAGAACCCAUUCUGAAGAAGAAACGUACAAAUGCCUGGAGUGUGGGAAAAGCUUUUGUCAUGGAUCGAGUCUCAAAAGACAUCUGAAAACGCAUUCGGGUGAAAAACCUCACAGAUGUCACAGUUGUGGUAAAAGUUUUAGUAGACUGACAGCUCUAACUUUGCAUCAGAGAACUCACACAGAAGAGAGACCUUUUAAAUGUAAUUACUGUGGGAAAAGCUUUAGACAGAGACCAAGCCUUGUUAUUCAUUUACGAAUUCAUACAGGGGAGAAGCCAUACAAGUGUAGUCAUUGUUCUAAAAGCUUCAGGCAGAGGGCAGGCCUUAUUAUGCACCAGGUCACUCACUUUAGAGGACUUCUUUGA